CCAUGUGAAACCGAAAUAUGAAAAUCGCUCAUGCAGUUAGAAUAAAGCAGCGCAUUUUUCGAUUUCAAUCCUCGUAAAUGAUAUGUUGAUAAACAAAUGACGCCAUAUUGAUUUUGAUUUUGGGUAGCCUAUAUUCAAUUGAUGUCUAACCCCUGCAAUAUGAGGGAUUUGACGUUUUAGUCGUACCCCUGUUCAAAUGUGGCAUUCAAAUGUUUGUAAACAUAUAUUCAUACAGUGGCUUAAUGAUCACACGUUUUGUUUAAAACUGCUUAAGAUGUUUGAUGACUUAAAUAGUUUUUCCGAUGCAGAUGAUCAUGGAGACUUUGAUCUGCAUCAAGAGAUUGCACGGAGUGCUUUUGCUGACAUGUGUCACGAUUGGGAGCGAAACCAGAAGUAUGAUCUUGCUUUGAAACGUACCAUCGAACGACUGCACGCCGAAGGCGAGGAGGCACAUGUUCUGGAUAUCGGAACCGGAAGUGGGCUUCUUUCAAUGAUGGCAGUACGUGCCGGUGCGGACAGUGUUACUGCCUGUGAAGCUUUCCGGCCGAUGGCAAAUUGCGCCGAACUUGUAAUCGCGGCUAACAAAGGCAUGCCGGGCAGGAUCAAGCUGAUCAAAAAGAAAUCAACCGAAAUCAGUGUUGGUGAAGGGAAGGACAUGGAACGGACGGCGAACGUUCUGGUUACGGAACUGUUCGAUACGGAACUAAUCGGUGAAGGUGCUAUUGCAACAUUCAAGCAUGCUUUAGAACAUUUGCUGGAGCCCAGUUGUAGAGUUAUUCCACAUUCAGCAACAGUUUACGCCCAAAUCGUUGAAUGUCCAUUGGCUUUGAGCUGGAUAAUGCCUAAAAAUUUGAGUAAUUCAGACGGAGACGUAUUGCUGAGAACACCGAAAGAAAUAGUCGAAUGUCGGGGAUCGCCAGCUGUUUUCGAUAUUCAACUAAGCCAACUUACAAGCUUCAAUGCUUUGUCAGAACCGACUGCUGUGUUUGAGUUCGAGUGGUCCAGUAACGAUGAACUCAAGUAUGAGCGCCAUACAAGAAAGCUUGUGAAAAUUAUCAACUCUGGAAUGCCACAUGUAGUCUUCAUGUGGUGGGAUCUAAAGAUGGACAAAGAAGAAACUGUUUUGCUGAGCUGUGCGCCGUUUUGGGCGCAUCCGGAUUAUGAAAAGCUAAAACUGCGUAAUAAGAACCCGAUGAUUCCAACGCAAAAUGUAAUACCUUGGCGGGACCACUGGAUGCAAGCGAUGUAUUACUUACCACAAAGUAAAAAAGCUUUGAACAAGGGUCAGGAAACUCAUCUAGAUGCGUUUCAUGAUGAAUUUUCACUCUGGUUUAGUCUGGAGCAAUCAGUAUUGGAGCCUGCCCACUGCUCUUGUGGGUUCCACAACGCGUACUCUCGUUCAAGAAUCGGACAAGUAAACGAGGGUCCUCGGAAUAAGAAGAUUUUGAAUUAUCUCGAACAAGUUUUAAAGAAAGAUUCCGUUGUAUUGGUUUUAGGAGAAGGUUCUCUUUUGGGUUUGGCUCUGUGUGCAAUGGGAACCAAAAAAGUAAUACUGUUGGAAGCAAAUCGUAUUUCGAGGCAGUGUAUGGAAAGCUAUGCACGCUUCAACAAAUUAGAUACCGCUGAGAUUAUAUCUGAUGUGGAUCAGCUAACAGCAGAAUUAUCUUCCGAGAUAACACAUAUUUUUGGAGAACCAUUUUUCGGAUCCGCUAUUCUGCCGUGGCAUAACGCUUUUCAGUUCGGUGCUCUUUUGCGAGAGAUUAGGCCGCGUGUUAAAGCAAAUGUCAUGAUUAUUCCAAAAUCGGUUAGCAUUUAUGGUCUUCCGGUUGAAUUUCUAGACCUCCAAAAAAUAAUGGCACCACUUGGAAAAUGUGAAGGUUUCGAUCUUUGUUUAAUGGACGAAAUGAUUGAGCAACAUUCUUCUUUGACUGAUUCCUCCGUCGAGGCUCAACCACUAUGGGAAUACCCUUGCUUUGCACUGGGCUCUCAAGCAAAAAUGUUGACUAUCAAUUUUGAAGAUGGAUUUGCGGAACCGAAAAUAUCGCACGGAAUGUUCAACAUCACGAUGCAAGCUCUCAGCAGUGAAUGCAAUGGGAUCGCACUAUGGGCUGACUGGCAUUUGGACGGCUCUUUGGGACCCAAAACCACAAUAUCAUCUGGACCGCUCAUGCGAAUAGACGAUGGUCCUACGGAACAUCCAGUCCCCAUCAGUUGGAAUUCUAAUUGGCGACAAGGAGUUCAUCUUACGACAAAGAUGAACAAAAGACAAUCGAUUUCCUGGAGCGUUCAAUUCAACGCCCAACUAGACGAUUGUUAUUUCCAAUUCAAUUAACUGUGACUGUGAAAAUAAAAGGACUUCUAUUGCACAA